GCGAACUUCGGAGUCGCUAUAGAUACAAUAAGAUAGUAGAAAGCCUCCUAAAAAUGAAGCGAGUGCAGUUCCUUUGCCAAGAUCGAUUUUGUUCCAUGUAUGCAUCCACGGACAGAGGUGAGGAGUGCCCUCUCAAUAACUGUCCGUUCUUGACGACUUGGCUGGGCAGUUAGCUGGCUCCUGCUUUGUCUCAAAUCCACGUCCAAAAGCUGCGUGGCAAAUGCUUCUUUUCUGGUUUGGCCCGUCUUUGGUCUCUUAAACCUUUGUGAUCAGUGAGGGCCAGGGGAUUCUACUCAGGGGUGUCGCACCACAAUUCUUCAACCUAGGCACCACCCGAUGGAGUCCUGCAAUCCUCCAAUGAUGCAAGAACCUUGUUAUCUUUGCCAGGGGAUUCAGAGAUAUUCAGAGUAUUCUUGGCAUCCAUUUCCGUUCUCAACCAAAACAGAUGUCAACAUGCAUGCUGCAUGUGCGUUCUUGUUUGUUCCUGUUUCACCGAAGAGGUGCAGCUCCAUUCUGGUGCUUGGCGACCUAAGGGCCGGCAAGGGCUUCGGCCGGUCGGUGUCUUUUUCGCGAAGGGCCUGGUGGACUGGGCCUGUGGUCGGCGUCUACACUUGGUUUGCCUGACCUGUGAGGUCGACCUGAACGGAAUCCAUGCACCGUUCCCAUGCGUUUUUCCGUGCGUUUGUCCAGUACCCAGGAGCUGAUAGCCAAAUAUCUGGCGGAUUUGAGUCACAGAAAUCCAAGGACGCAGCAAAGUCACGCAGGAAACACGUUGACAGCUGCAACUGGUGGAUGGAACGGUGGGUAGUAGCUGGGUUGUACCUUCAGAGUACUUUCAGCUAGGGCCACGGAAAAGGACCGACUUGGACACUUGCACCACCGAGUCUUUUGGGCCAAGAGCAGCAAUAUUCUUUUGAAUACGCCGUAAUUAUCUAUAGCUGUGACAGCUCAGAGAAAAGCCCCCAGGAAGCAGUACGUGGUUUCAACAUUUCGCAGCCAGAUCCUGCAAUCAGCAGCGGGGUCAUCAAAGCAGAAUACCGCCCUGUAGGCAAGAGCUUAGGAGCACCUACAAACAGGUGCUUGCAACCGAUUCAAUUGUCACCUGAUCUCAAACAUUUCUCACUCAAGUGACAACUAAUUGCUUUGGUAAAGCAGCAAGCCUUGAAGCAGCUUCUGAUUUCUACCAGAGCCACCCUCCAAACCCUGCAAUUCCUCUUCUUGCUGAAAGGCAUGUCUUUGUUCCAACGGUGUACUGAGUACUGUUUGAAUCUGAGGUCCGCUGGGGGUCGACGGGGUACAAAACCCGGCUGAUGUCAAUCCCGGCUAGCCCAAAGUGGGCUUAUGGAGUUCGAGGACUCCAGGUGUAGGUUUUGAGGCCCUUCUAGGUUGGAUAUCAGGGGGAGGCCAUCGCUUCUAGGUUUGGGUUCUUUUUUGCCAGAUCCAGGUCUAGCUGUAUAGGUAAACGUGGAUGCAUUUUGAAGAGGACGCUGUGAAGCGACAAAGGUGUUGCCCCGAUGCAUUGUCGAGGGCAUACGUUUGGUAGGUCUCUUGAUCUCUCAAAUGUGUGAUCACUGCUGAAAAAGUGAGGGCGGCAAACAUUCUGACAGGUUUCGCUCUCACGGUCUGACCACAGACUUGAAGGCCCAACUGGGCGUUUUCGGAACAUGGCAAUGUUGAGUCCUGCGCUAGAAAGGCAUGUAGAAUGUAGACAGGUGGGACUCUGCCUUUCUUUAAGCCCUCAUACAGAUUCCCUCAUGAAGAAGGCGCCUUCUGUUGGGUGCAUGUCUCCGAAGUUCGGCUCGCUGAUCGAGGCCGGCAGGCCGCACCCCUGACGGUCCACAGCGGAGCCAUGCAUAUAUACAUCUUCUCCACCCUCCAAAGAGGAGGAACCUAGUCAGCUUCCUUCAACCUGUGCCUGUUGGCCGUGGAACACCGCACAGCGUCGAUCUGUGAAAACCUCCGCUUCCAUCGCCGGCUCUCGCGCCGGACGUCGGCGACAGUGACGUCGUCGCCCGGUGGACGGGGCGCGGGCGUGCGGGAAAGCGGUGGAGCUCGACGGGGCGCGUCGAGCUGGUCACUUGAUCGUGAGGAUCACUGAAAAUGCGUCGAGCUGUUUGGACCUGCUGUCUGCAUGGUGAGAUGAAGGAAUCUCCAGGUGACCUGUGGAGUCUGUGGGUGGUGUUGGCAUGAGACACUUUGAGCCUUCCGCUGGACCAGAACAAGAGAAGAGUACUGGUACCAAGUGCUGCCUUCGUCAAGAUGUGCAUUGUACAUCCCCACAACAGUGCUGAGUCCAUAGUUUCCUCUCUUCGGACAAAGGUAUGCCAACGAAGGCUUUCUGAGAGACAUCGGUUUGACUUGUCUCUCGAACUCGAACAUGUUUGAUUACUGAAGCAGCCAUUUGAUCAGCGGCGGCAAGUGUUUUGACAGGUUCUGAUUUGUAGUGGUCAGUUGGACCAUGUUUGUUGAAGGGAAUGCAGAAUGCUAGCCGUUAGCGGUCUCUGUAUGAGAUCUUGUGAGUGCUCCACUUUCAAAGGGCCAUUCAUUUCACACGAACCAUGUAAUGAUUGUAGCACGCAGGGCCGUUCGUUGCAUGCAUCCGUGCAUCAAAAACGUUUACGAUCUGACGUGACCAUGACCUGCCAAUCGAUGACCUGAUCAUACCUGAUCUAUCACGCAGAUCCUCAGUAGACGUACGGGAAGACGCCCGGCUGCGCCACGCGUCACGCCGAUGCCGGUGGCGCGACGGGUCGAUGGUUGAGCUGAUUUGCGAUCGGUGAGGCCCAGAGCCUCGGUCAUUCGCGGUGGAUGGAGCCCCAAACGAAUCUGGUCCAGGACUUGGGAGACCUCAGAGUCCAUGGAGUCUUUGUACCCGUCCUGAAGGAUUGAAGCAAGUACACCAUGCUUGUCCAAUGCAUGUUGCUUCUCUUCAGUGUGUGCCUUCCAGUCAUUCAAGAGAAGAUAGAGAAGAGUGCUGCAUCAAGCCCCUCCCUUUGGUGUUCAAGAAUUUCAUGCACGGCUUCGGCUUGGUUUGUCGCCAAUUCUCAGAACACAACUCGAGCAGUAGUGCACCAUAGUGCACUAUCAAACACUUUCUUAGAAAGGCAUCGCCUUUCUUUGUCUCUUGACUCAAACAUUUGUAACUACCAUUUGGACCGGCUCCGUCUUGUACUUUUUCCGACUCAAGGACCGGAGAUUGGGCGCCAGAAGGGCCGCGGCAUUCGUCGUCCUUUUGAAACCACUCGGCGCUGCCGAGGUUUCUCAAGCCUGAAACAUGCCCAUCCAUUGAAGCCACUCUGCGCUGCCGCCGUUUUGCUCGUCCAUGGCGAAUAGGAGGCCAGUGUCAAUCACUUGCCUUUGUUGAUAAAGAGUUGCAUGUGCAGCUUCAGCGUUUGCAUCGCAUUUGUUUGACUUGUCUCUUGAGCGUUAACAUGUGUGAUAACUAAUGCAGCCGUUUGCCCUGCUAAGGCAGCCAGUCUGAUGCGAUGUGUUCAAAGGACAGCCCUAUUAAUUCGAGCACUUAAGUCUUGUGCUUGAACGGAAAAUCCUUGUUUCAAGGCUUGAGUCUUGAGUUACUGCUAAAAAAAUACAAAGUGUGAUGAGAUGCUGCAUGAAAGGAUCCUCUCACCACUUUUGGAUGCACCGUUUUGGUGGCUUCUGAAAGCUCAUCCUGAAAACCUUGAAGAGCUGUGUGCCUUUUGUUCUUGAUUUGUUGGCAUCCGUUUGAGUUGUCUUUUGCUCCCAAACCUUUGUUAUCACUGGUACUGUCGUCCUCUCAGCAAUCCCGGAAUCAUUCAGAUAGGUUCUCAGUGGUCGGGUGAUGUAGUAAUACAUGGUAUUGAUUUGGAGUAUUCCAUGUGUGUAGCGCCUGCCGAGAUUUUGCCACGCUAUGCCGCGUGCUAUGCCGCGUAAGAAACCCAAUGGGAUCACGAUAAGUCAGCGAGUCAAGUCAGGCUAUUCACCUAACUCACUGGCAUCAAGAGAAAGCCACCUUGCUCCAACAGCUUUGUUUGGGGACCACUCAGCAUGCCAAUGGGAUCACAGAAGGAUUCUACUGAGGGUUUGAACAGAGCUCACGUGUGUCUUGAUCGCAAGCAUACUCGCAACCAUUUUGAUUGGCUAUUGAAAGUCCUGAAGCGGGGCCACGCCGAUUUGAAGGUCCUGCGCCGGGCUUCGUGGCAGCGCUGAAAAGCAAUUGAAGUCUUGUGCCAGGAAGGCAUUUCCUUUGACAUGAAUUUUGUACCUGUUCCAUGAAUCAAUGAAGUGCUGCCGAGCUUGUUGCAGGCCAUGAUUCGCAUGGAGGCACCUCCGCCAAAAGGAGAAGGCACUGCCUGGCCCUCCCAUUUAGAAAACCCCUUGAUUGGAAGAGAGGUGGCCGACCCCGUUGCUUCAUGCAUCCCUCCGCUGUGGAUGCCUUUCGAUCCGUUGCAUUGAAACCGACGUGAAGGACACCGAGGUUCGUGUUCCGAGGGCACGUGGCGGACGCCGGACGCCUUUGCGACGAUGGGUCGCUGGGCUUGUCCAGCUUGGCUCGUGUUUCGGAGCGUGAACUUGGAAGAUCCAACGGAUCCCUUGCUGCGGUGGCCAUAUUUGGGGUGAACGGCCGGAGCUGGAUCAGUGCUUGUCAUACGUUUCACACUCUUCACCCCCCAUUUUCAGUAAUGUUGGACUCCGAUGAUAUCGAAGGAGCACUUGUGGCAGCCCGACUUAGCAGUGCAUCAUGCUGAGCAUCGUUGAAGAUCCUUCAACAAACCCAGCAAAGAUCUUAGGGCCCCCGAGAUCAUCCUGUAGUAAAAGCUCUGGCCGAAAAAGGGUAAGACCUCUUUGGAGCUUGUGCAAGUGUCCUUCCACCACAUCUCCCCAUCACUUGUUAGUGCAAUCUUUUCUCUUCACUCACUACCCAAAGUCAGAACCCAUCAUGUUCCAGCCCAUGCGAACCCAUCACUUGUGUCUCGCCAGCUCAGUGGAAUGGAACGGUCGAACCAACGUGUUGAGAAGGAGUUCCAUGCACGAGACGAGCGAGCGUGGCCAUUUUCGUGUCGGAGCGGUCACUGGGGCACAGCGGCUGCGGAGUGGGUAUGCCACCUGGCAGCAUGACAACACUUGCUUGUCCCACUCUCCUGUAGGAGUCGAUUCAAGCUGAGCUUGUCUCAGUGGUCACCGCAGCUGACGCAGGUCACCAUGUCGGUUUGGAGGGCGGAAGGCCGCAGGUGUUGGGUCUCCCCAGCGGCGUUGGUUUUGCAAUCAUUUUGAAACAGCCAGUCACACGGAGCACGCACGUUCUUUUUGCAGGGAACAAAACAAGGCGGCCACGUAACCCGUGAAACCCACGGCCGGCGUGACACUUCACAUGCGAACGUCCAGCUUCGCUUCUGCCGAGAGCGGCUUGUCGGAGUUUCGACCGGAGUUCGCAAGCCCGUUUGAACCUCGGCCUCAGCG